UAUUUUUCCUUCUCUUUCCGCGUAGCGAUCACGUUGUCUUCGAUUGAGCGAGGGAUUUUUUUCCCCUCCUGAAGAAGCAGCGUUUCGCCGUCUUUUAUCGUCUUCAACUUCAACCUCAACCUCAACCUCAACCUCAAACCCUUUCUCCAAGUCAGAGAUCGGGUAUUUACCCUGUUUAUUGUAUUUUCUCCUUGGUUCCUGUUAGGGUUUUGUUUCUAUUAAGUUUUCUUUCGCCAUACUUUCCGUCCCAGGAAAACAGAAAUUCUAGGUUCCAAUUCUUGGAUUGAAUUAGCUCUUUGCAGAAUUUGUACUUGCGUUUUUAUGUGUUUCAAUUUUGUAAUUUCGUUCAAAGGGUUCAGUCAAAUUUUGAACUGAAUUUUGACUUCUUAAGCUUGAAGGUAGUUAUCGAGUGUGUUUACGGUUUCGUCUCGAGCUUGUAGUUUCUGUGUAAUUAUGGCGGCUGGGCGACAUGGAGGUUACCGUGAGAACGAGUUCAGGGACCGGGAGACCAAUUUUCAUGUGUCGAGGAGGUCGUUUGGCAGUGCUAGACAAGAGUUUGAUAGAGUUAAGAUGAGCAAUGAUGAUCAUGCUGUUCGUCGGAGUCUAGCGCGGGACGUCAAAGACAAGGUUAGGGUUAGGCACCAAGAUAUGAAGGAGAACGCGGUUGUUAAUGGUCAUUAUCGUUCGUCUUCUACCAGGGGCAAUUCAAGUAACAGUGAUGGUGGUGUCAGUGGUAGUGAUUAUGGCCCGAUUGAAAAUAGGGUUUCUAGUACCAUCGACAGGGAGCCGGGUGAGUUAUCCAGUGAGAGUGGUUCUGAUGCAAUUGGUUUGGCGGUCAAAGACAGACAGGUUUCAGAAGUAGUAAACAAUGGGAAACUAUCUUCUAUGAAGAAGAAAAGAAAAUUUUCGCCUAUAGUUUGGGAUAGUGACGACAACAAAUCGAGCUAUGCAUCCUGUAAUGGGACUGCCUCAACAGUGAUGGGUCUUCCACCGCCCCAGAAGUUGACUCGCCAGUCUCCUAAUAUCAUCUUAGACCGAGGUGGAAAUACCUCCCCAGCUGAUGAAGGUGAGGUUUUAGAUGAUAAAGAAAUGCUAAGACAAAAGAUCCUAAUUAGUGGAAUUCGGGAAACUGAGCUACAUGGCAAGACCCCGAGUGACUUAUUUUCUGAGGCUGGGGACCUCAAAAGCAAUGGUUUCAAGUCAAGUGGAAUGAGAGUGAGGUCAUCUGAAUCCAAUGAACGAGGUGCCCACUGUAGAUUUGAUUCUGGUGGUGAUGCGGAAAAGGAGGACUACAUUGAGGUUGAUGAGAGACAUGAUAUUAGUGAUGUUAGUUUUAGUCCCUCAGAUACCGACUCUGAUGAUGAUGUUUGCGCCACCCAUGAACCUCCAACAACCACUCAAAGAAGUGUGAACAUGCUUCAGGGAUGCAGAAGUGUUGAUGAAUUUGAGAGAUUAAACAAGAUCGACGAAGGCACCUAUGGAGUUGUGUUUAGAGCUAGAGACAAGAAUACUGGGGAAAUUGUGGCCUUGAAGAAGGUAAAAAUGGAGAAGGAGCGGGAAGGGUUCCCGCUGACUUCCUUGAGAGAGAUAAAUAUUCUUCUUUCAUUCCAUCACCCAUCCAUUGUUGAUGUGAAGGAAGUUUUGGUGGGGAAUAGUCUUGAUAGCAUUUUUCUGGCCAUGGAAUACAUGGAACAUGAUCUUAAAGGACUUAUGGAAACCAUGAAACAUCCUUUUACUCAGAGUGAAGUAAAAUGCCUGAUGAUUCAGCUAUUGGAGGGUGUUAGAUAUCUCCAUAGUAACUGGGUGCUUCAUAGAGAUUUGAAGACGUCUAAUUUGCUUUUGAACAACCAGGGUGAACUGAAGAUUUGUGACUUUGGAUUGGCUCGGCAGUAUGGAAGUCCUUUGAAGCCAUAUACACAUUUAGUUGUUACACUUUGGUACAGGGCACCUGAACUACUGUUGGGAGAAAGACAGUAUUCCACCGCUGUUGAUAUGUGGUCGUUGGGUUGUAUCAUGGCUGAACUUUUAUCUAAGGAACCUCUUUUUAAUGGGAAAACUGAAGUUGAGCAGCUUGAUAAGAUUUUUAGAACUCUAGGCACUCCAAAUGAGACUAUUUGGCCUCGAUUCUCCAAGCUACCUGGUGUUAGAGUCAACUUUGUCAAGCAUCAGUUCAAUCUGCUUCGUAAGAAAUUCCCUGCUGCAUCAUUUACUGGCUCCCCAGUUCUAUCUGAUUCUGGGUUUGAUCUGUUGAGCAAACUUCUGACAUAUGAUCCUCAAAAGAGAAUAUCAGCUGAAGAAGCUCUGGAUCAUGAGUGGUUCCGUGAAGUGCCUCUCCCCAAGUCUAAGGAGUUCAUGCCCACGUUCCCUGCUCAGCAUGCCCAAGACAGGAGAACGCGUAGAAUGCUAAGGAGUCCAGAUCCCCUUGAAGAGCAACGUAUAAAGGAAUUGCAGCAGCAGGAGCUAGGAACUAUUGGUCUAUUUGGUGAGAGAUGAAUUAUCAAGUGAUGGCUGAGGCUAUUAUUUAGAAUUGAUAUUUAUGAAAUUGGUGGGGGAGAGGAAUUGAAGUGAAUAAUAGGAAGGUAGCACUGAUUUUCACAAGAUAAUUGGUGCUGGUUGGCCUUGGGGCAUGUGCUGGUAGUUAGUGAAAAUAUGUAUAUUGUACUUUCAGGUGAACUUUGUUUUCAAGGGUUGAUCAUCUGGAAAUGAAUGCAUGUGUAGCACUUUCGUCAUUAGUUUUAGCAUAUUUCCUUUUCAGGAAAAGAAGCUUUUGCUGUAAUAUAUUCUUGUAGAAAAUGGAAAAAUUAUUUAAUUUGAAUUGGGCUUCAAUGUUGAGUUAUAAUUA